CCUCGGCUGCUCCCGGCAUCAGCUGAUCCCUCCCGGCAGCCGGAGCUGCAAAGUCAGGCACAGAGAUUGCCAGGGCGCCGGCGAGGGGACGGCCGGGGUGGCAGCACGGGGGGCUCGGGGGCCGGGGGCAGCUGUGCCCUGAAAGCCGAGCCACCUGCGCGCUGCUACCUGCUGAAUAAUAGAGGAGCUGCCAGCCAGCCGAGAGAAAUGUGAUGCUGGUGAGGCAGCCCGGGAAGACAUCCGAGCUGCCGGCAGCUGCGAUAGCAACUGCAGCCCAGGAGCCUUCCAGCCCCGCGCGGGCUGCCCGCAGCGCUCUGCCCGUCCCGGCUGCCCGCGGCCGGGGCCCGCUGCAGGAGGAUGUGAGCUGCGGCGGGCACCCAGCGAGGCAGAGCUCAAGGGCAGGGCUGGGUUUCCCGGGAGGGAGGCAGAGGCUGCCCGCAGGCGGUGCCCGCGCCCGCCCGGGGGGCAGCAGCUCAGCCCCAUGUCCAGGGGAGGGGAGAUGGUUUACAUCCCGGACGACUCCGACUUCAGCUCCUUCAGGGAUCAGUGCGAGAGCCUGGAGGGCUGGCACUGCCGCUACAACAAGGCUGGCGUGACCGUGUGGAGCCAGGGCCAGGAGGAGAGCUGCACCGUGCAGAAAAUCAAGACCCGCAUCUCCUGCAAGGAUGUCCCCGCCGAGACGCUCUAUGACGUGCUGCACGACACCCGCUACCGCAGCAAAUGGGACUCCAACAUGAUCGAGACCUACGACAUCGGGCGCCUCACCGUCAACGCUGAUGUGGGAUACUACUCCUGGAAGUGCCCGAGCCCCCUGAAGAACCGGGACUUCGUCACGCUGCGCUCCUGGCUGCCCCUGGGCAAUGACUACAUGAUCAUCAACUACAGCGUCAAGCACCCGAAAUACCCGCCCCGGAAGGAUUUCGUGAGGGCCGUGUCCCUGCAGACCGGGUACCUGAUCAAGGCGAACGGGGACGGUGCCUGCAUCCUCUAUUACCUCACCCAGGUGGACCCUCGCGGGUCGCUGCCGAAGUGGGUGGUGAACCGUGUGUCCCAGUUUGUGGCCCCGAAGGCCAUGAAGAAGAUCUACAAGGCCGGGCUGAAGUACCCGGAGUGGAAGCGCCGGCACGACCCCGAGUACAAGCCCUGGGUGUACCCCGAGCAGAACACGCUGCCCAGCGUGAGCCUGGCCGAGCUGUCCGUGCAGCACGCCGAUUCCCUGGAGAACAUCGACGAGACCGGCCUGCCCGAGGAGCACCUGAGCACCAGUGACCACGAGGCCUGAGCCCUCGGCCAGGGAAUGCCCUCAGCACCGAGGCUUGGCACCCAGGGGGCACAGCUGGGAAUUUGGCUCCCUGCUUCCCAAUAGUCACAUCUGCUCUCCCAAGUCCUUCAUCAUUGACCCCCUCCCUGCCCAGGCAGCGGGGAUCUGUCCCGUGGGAUCUGUGCAACUGGCACUGGGAAGAGGCAGGGUGGGCACCCUGGUGGCCCCUGUGCCCAUGGAGGUGUCCCUGUAGGAGACGGAGCUGGCAGGAGGUGUCCAAGAGAGGCUGGGCAGGAGCUUUCCAGGACCAGGAUAUGGCUCUGCCACUGUAAGACCCUAAAAGGCCCAGGAGUGGGGGGUCUGUGAGGGUCCUGCCCAGGCUUUGCAGCAGCACAAGGUUUGGAUUGACCCCGCCUGGCCUGAGGUCCAGCUCUGCCAAGCCCGAGUCAGGCUGUGCCCGCUCCAGCCCUCCAUGCCCCUCCAGGCUUAGUGUGACCCCCCCAUUCCAGGGAGCCCUCCCAGGCCCUCCUGAGCUCCAGGCUCACCUCUGCAGGUUGGCUCUAGCCCAGCAGGCUCUGGGGACCCCUUCCCCUCGUGGUUUGUCCUGGCAGGGGGGUCCUGGGCCACCUGUGUCCCCACUCUCCCCGUGUUUGCUGCUGCUGUGGUUCCUGGCACAAUAAAGGGGUUGGUGUGUGUGAGAGCUCACGGGGCUGGCACAGGGUGGGGAGGGGGUGGCACGGAGCCCACCCAGAGGCAUCCAGCUCAGAGCGGGACAGGAGGGCCCAUCCACACGGCCCCAGCGCCCUGGGGUGACCCUCAGCAGGGACAGAAGUGGCCACAGCAGGACAGGAUGGAGGGAUGCUGGGCUCUGCACCCCACGGGAGCGUGUGUGGGCAGGGGGCAGCUUCCACCAGACAACGGGAAGUUGGUCUAGACAGGCACUGCCGUGGGAAUGCGCUGACAAAUGAGGGAUUUUCCACCCACUCCUCGCCCCCACCCUGCGAAGCAGCUGCUGGGCUCCGUCCCCAGCUGGGUUUGAGCCUGAUCUCUGCAAGGUCAGUGCAAAUGGGGAUGUCACUGCAGGUUUUGGGGUCCCUCUGACCCAGCUUCACCCCCCUGGUCCCCCUCCAGAGCUGCCCUGUGAGUGCUUCC